UCUGUGGUUUGAUUUUUAAUUUUUGUUUGGAUUUGAUUUCAUUAUUUUUAUUUCUAUGAGAAAUUAAUGUAUAAUUAUUUAAAUAAUUGUGAAAAUUUAAAUAUUUAUAAUGUUGUGAUGAAACAACCAUAAAUAUAGUAUUAUAAUGUAUAUAUAUUAUCUCAUGUGACAAAUCAAACCACUUGAAAAAUCUAAUAAAAUGAUUUCGAGAAAAGGUCAGAAAGCAGUCAACGAAGGGGUUGUCGGCAAAUAUGUGAAAAAAGAUACACCGCCGGAUUUGCCAAUAAUAAAUGUUUGGACAACCGGAAACAAUAGAAGGCCACGUAGUCAGCCUUUUGGUUCUAGUGAGGGAGCCACCCAAAGUAUGGAGAAUAAGUUUGGCAAAGCACAAACAAUGAGUGGUCACGCUGGCAAGUACACACCAAGUGAAUCUGUACCAAAUCUAGCCCACAGGUUUGCAAGUUUGUCUACAGGGAGUGAUAUUGCCAGUACAUCAAGCAACUUUAAUUCUCAGUUCCACUUGGAUGCUAAUUUGGCAUCACAAUCAACACUAAAUGAUAUUGACGAGUCGUUCAGCAGACAAACAAGCCACAGAUAUUACAGGCAAGCACAGCCUGAGGAUCCAAUUUAUCAAAAUCAACAACAGGUGCAGCAACAAAAGCAGCAGCAGUAUACUUCUCGGGAGUCAAGUAUGCCGCGGAUAUCAUCAAACUUAAGUUUAACCCCCAGACUCCAUCCACCAUCACCCCACUCUAUCAGACUGCAUUGUACCGAGUCAUUUACAACAGUCAGUCAAUCAUCCCCCAUAUAUUCAAAUUACGUGAACACUCCCGCCCUGCCGUACCACAAUAAAGGCCAUGGUGGCAACAUGAUAUCAUCUAGUCAAGCAUCAGAUGAGUGCGAGCUGCCUCUGCCGCCGGGCUGGUCCGCCGAUCGCACGCUGCGCGGCCGCCGCUACUACAUGGACCACAACACGCAGACCACGCACUGGACGCACCCGCUGGAGAGCGUGCCACGCCCGUGGCACCGCGUGUCCACUCCCCACCACGGUGUUUAUUACUUCAAUGAAAUCACCCACCAGACCACGUAUGCACACCCGUGUCUGGUGGGAGGCUGCUAUCUGGUCAGCCCUCUUGUACCGACAUUGGUGCCUCCGUAUCUGUUAGAAGAAAUACCACAUUGGCUUAUUGUUUAUUCUAAAGCUGACCAAGAGCUGGAUCACAAGUUGCGAUGGAACAUGUUCCGGCUGAGCGAGUUGGAUUGCUACUCCGACAUGUUGACGCGCCUCUACAAGCAGGAGCUGCAGCUUAUUGUGAUGAAAUACGAGCAGUACAGGUCUGCUCUUUUACAAGAACUUGAGAGACGAAGGCACAACAAGUCGUGCCAUGCACAUUCAAAUUAUUAGGUCAACACGCCUUGCCUUAUUGAGCUGUGAUUUAUUAAUUAAGGAAAAAUGUUAUUGUAUAUAAGAAGGAAUAAACAUAGUUGUAAAUGUUCCUCAUAAAUUAGUGCCUUGAAUUUUAUGUAAAAUAAUAUAUUUUUGUCAAUGGCUAUUUUAAUUUUUUUAAUCAAUUUAUACAUACAAUAACAUAUAUUUAAUAAAUACAAAUCUUAUAAAAAAAUA